CAUGGUGAUCUUGUUAUAAACGGUGAUAUUAUGGGUUUGUCAGGCAUGGACUUACACUAUCCAGUUUUCGAUUGCUCGAUCAUGCUUUUCAUAUGUCGAGCGUGCCAGCUCUUAUAACAUCAGACAUUUCCCUGUGAUGCCUGCUCGUUCUGAUAAUCGAUGGUGAAGCCACGAGAAGCUGCUAGACGCUGCCGUUCCUCCGCAAGCUGCUGGAGACGGCCUCAUCAAUCAUGGUCAUAUAUUAUCACGUGGGUACGGAGGGGAGAGAGAAAGGCCAAAAUGUCAAGGCAGGGGAAGAGUGCAUGGAUGCAGAAUACAACCAAAAAAUUCUGGGGGCUCUCGCUAUUUAUCGUCAUUUUCGAGCCAUUUCGCCUUUGUUUUCAUUAUCUGCUCACCUGUAUGAUCCUGAGAACCCCCAGUGCGAGGACUUCCCAUUUUAGAAUACUGCAUCACACCCCCGGUGUCAACAUCGCACCCUUGGUGCUAGAAGCUAUAGAUGCCACGGCGCUCUACUAGAAUAAUAGAGCAUCCAACUCAUGGGUUCUACCUAGGUAGCUAUCGACGAGAAUAAUCAAC